GUGACUAAUGGAAUGUUAUUAUUUGAAACACUAAACAAAAAAUAUCUUUCGUUGUAGAAGAACAUAGAACAUGAAUCAGAAUAGUUCCGUGCAUUCUGCAUUGGUAAUUUUUUAAUAUCGCUUGUUCGGUGUAUACAUCGCAAGAAUGCGUCUACAUCGGGUUCUCUCAAUAAUUCCUUAUCGCUUAUCUAUAUUGUCCCAAUAAAAUGAUAAGAAAAUGACAUACGAUAAAAUAACCGACCAAAAAUUUUAGUUACAUGAGCAAACGGUAAAGGUGUGCAAAUAUUGUUAUUGAAGUGAAUUAUUGACUGUUCCUAAAUGUAAUAAAGUAAUGAAAUAACAAUAACAGUAAAGAAUGAAGAGUAGUAAACAAUGUCUACCGCAAAUACGAUUAGAAUAACGGUGGUUGGUGAUGGUGAUACUGGAAAGACAUGCAUGUUGAUAGUGUAUAAAGAUAAGAAAUUCGAUGACAGAUACGUUCCUACUGUGUUUGAUGUUUACUCUAUGAAUAUUCCCAUCAAUGGUGUAGAAUACAAAAUAAUAUUGUCAGAUACAGCUGGACAAGAAGAUUUUGAUAAACUUAGGAGACUAGCUUAUAAAGAUGUUGACGUAUUUAUUGUAACGUAUGCAGUUAAUGAAAGGACUUCUUAUGAAAAUGUGUUUCUAAAAUGGGCACCAGAGUUGAGGAGGUUUGCUCCUAAAGCCAAAAUCAUAGUAGCAGGUACAAAAAGGGACUUGCGAACAGAUUCGAGGACUCACGUCAGGCUCGAAGAAGGCGAAGUAUUAGCGAGAGACAUCAAUGCACAUGGGUUUAUAGAAAAUUCCUCAAAAACUAUGAGUUUUAUUGACGCGACUUUUCAAAUGGCUAUUUCGUCUGUUAUAUAUGAUCAAAAUUUUCUCAAAAACAAGAGAAAGAGCAACUUUUGUACAUGUUUGUAAAUAUUAAUUAACAUUUUUUUUGUAAUCUACUUAUCAUGGUGCUUAAUCUUAAGAGGUUGAUAUAAAAUUUUGUAUCUCCAAGAAUAUCGUCCAUUUGACAUUGAAA